AUGCAUGUAUUUUCAGUAUCUGUUCAUAAAUCAGUCAGAAAGGAUAAUUCAAAACCUAAUAGGUCAAGUCUAUUACGUUUAAUUGAGUAUCAUAUAUACUCGGAGUUGAAUAUUAUUAAGACAUUAUCUGUCCUUGCCAGUAAUAUGAUACAUUUGAAAAAUGAUCUUCAUUUACGUUGCUAUAUGAAACUCCAAACUUAUUUACAUUACACGCUAAGGAAAGUAAGAGAUAUGGAAAAUAAAACAUUGCACAAAUCUUUACUUCAUGAUGACAUUAGUGAUAUUUUCCCACAUAAACCAGAUUUAUAUGUCCCGAAUUUAUCUAAUUUCACACUAACAAAAUCAUAA